CAGGGGCUGCUCCGGAGGCACGAGCAGGCGUUGGGCAUGAGUCGCAGAGGGCUGGGCUUGGAGCACGCAGCCAGGCUGCUGGGGUGAAGCCUUCGCCUGCCACUUCCUCCCCAGGCGGCAUGGAGACUGUGGACGCCGCGGUGGCUGGGUUUCCCGAGGAGGAGGAGGUGGGUUGCUAUGACUUCGAGCCGCUGCCGACGCUGCUGGAGGAUGAGGAGAAUGUGUCCCUUGCUGAUAUUCUGUCACUGCGGGAUAGCUGUCUUACUGAGCAAGAUGUCUGGGCAAUUUGCCUGGAGUGUAGCCAUUCUAUGAAGAGCAUCUCCCAUUCAGCAAUCUUCCAGACACUUUGCAUUACUCCUGACACUUUGGCUUUUAACACCAAUGGCAAUGUGUGCUUCAUGGAACAGCUCAGUGACGAUCCAGAAGGUGCCUUUGUCCCACCAGAAUUUGAUAUCACUGGUAACACAUUUGAGGCACAUAUCUAUUCUUUGGGUGCAACACUGAAAGCAACAAUUGAGUAUGUGACAGAGCCUGAGAUGGAGUCAGAGUUUGGGCAGGAUCUGCAGACUCUGCUGGAACAAAUGCAAGAAGAGAAUCCUGACGAUAGGCCAGAUAUUGAGAGUAUCAUCUCAUUAUGUGAAGAAAAAUUGAAGUUUGCUUCCUCAAGUAAUAUUUGUCAAAAUCUAUCUGCUGUUGGAAGAAGGGUGCUUUCAAUAGAAUCAUUUGGUACUUUUCAAGACAACUGUGAUAACAUGUGGAAGGGAAAAAUGUGCCAGACAAGUGUGGGAUUUAAAUUAUAUACAAAUGAAAAAAACAACAUAGAAGGUGAUUCCUCUACAAUGGAAGACAUGACAACAAGCUAUCACAGAGACUCUUCUAUAGCCAAUGUGGCCUUAAAUGCAAGAGAAUGUGGUUUAAAGGAAAUGCAAAUUGAUCUGAAUAAUGAAAGAUCUCAACAUUCACAACUUGCAACUGAGGUUAGAAAAAGCAAAGAGGAGGACAAGCAUGUAAUAUAUAAUGAAAGAUUUGCUAACAUUGUUUUGGAGCCAAAACCAUUUACUAAUGACAGAGAGAGAGAUGUUUUUAAGAAAAGUUGUUUGAGAAAAAUGAAAACUUUUCCAAAGCUACCGCUUGAAGUUACAGACACAAGUAAUGUUUUCACAUCUCUAUCAAACGGUGGACUACUGGCUUGUAAAAAACAAUCACUAACAUAUGAAUCAGUACCUCUAGACAAUAAUCAGGGUGCUGCUUCAGAGGGAAAAUGUAGUCCAUUCAAUGUUAAUAAUCCACCAGGAAUAAAACCAAAGAAUUACCAGGUCUCUGAUCUUCAGUUAGAUGCAUCUUGUGUGUGUACGCAGGUCUCUGGCAUGUAUCUAGAGGAAUAUAUGCCAUCCUUUAGUGGUAAAAAGAAAGCUGCUCUUUUAUGUAAUCAUAUAGAAGAAUCUUCCCAUGCUACCUCCAAAACUCGACAUACCACUAAUACAUUAAAAAACCCAGAUCAAUCUUCUGCUGCAGCAGAAGUGGUAAACAACUAUAUGGCACUGGAGGACUCUACCGAAACUUCUCAAGGAUCAAGUGACAAUUGUUUAGCACAUUUUAAUAAGAUGGCUUCAGUGUUUUCAACAAAAACCAAUAUGAAUGGAUAUGGGUCAAGCCUAAUUAGUUCUCCAGAAUUUCUUACUGGUGUGAUGAGUACAAACAAUAAUGAAAAUCACUAUGGAAGCAGAGAAUCAGAAGUCAAAAGUAAUGAGCAGGGAGUCUCUCUGAAACGUCUUUUGUCUUGGUAUGGUAAGCCACUGAAAGACUAUGAACUCUGGGCAUUAUGUCAUGAAUGCUUAUUUACUCUACAGACUUGCAUAGAUUAUCCAGUGUUUUUAUGUUUGGACUGUGUGCUGAUUGACUGCGAUGGAAAUGUUCUCUUUGCUGCUCCAAAAGAUGAAGGAUGUUAUGAUACGUUUUAUCUGGCUCCUGAAAUUGAAGAAAUGGAUUUUGUUGCUGAGAAGGUCUGUAUUUACUGUGUUGCUGCAAUUUUGUGGACAGCAGCCAAAUACAAUUAUCCACCUGAUCACAAACUAGUGUUGCCAAGGAAACUAAAGACUCUUCUUCUGGAUAUGGCAAAAAGAAACUCUGAAGAAAGGCCUUCUAUAACUGACGCAAUUAAGAUAUGCAGUAGUUAUCUACUUGAACAAAGUAUAAACAGCAAAAAGAUUCUGGCAUUUUUGAGUAAAUCUGCCUUCAAGGCUUUCAAUGAAGAAAUAAACUCUUCUCAAGAUAAUGUUCCUUUUGAGUUUAAAAAUAAAAGAAACAAAAUGGAUGCUUCAGAGUUUAGUGUAGGAUUUGUGCCCAUUACUAGUGAAAGUAAGCUGAUAGCAGUUAAAGGACCAGUGCCUUCUCAGACUUCUUUAAACAGUGAGACAUGUACAUUGCCUGUUGCAUACACCUCUUCUGCAACUCACUUUAAGCCUAUUAUACUGCAGCAAAACACAGAGCUAACAAAAGGGACACACGCAUCCACUCCUGAGCAAUUUGAUAGAUAUGUACCAAAAGAAAUGCAUAUGGAUGAUAACAACAAAUCAGUAUUUGUAGACGAUAUUGAAAACCAUGCUGAUGAAGAAGUUGUAGCUGCACCUGAGAUACCCAAGCAUGAUUUAAACAUACAAAACCAUUCAUCCCAAAUACCUUCAAAUGAACAAAAUCCAAGCAAUAUGGUUACAUCCACAGUUGAAUCACCAUCGCCAUCCGAUUCCUUAUGCAAUUUACGUGAAAAGAACACGUUAUCUGCAAUUUAUUCAAGCUCCUUAGUUUGUUCUACACCACAGAGGCUGCCUCUUAUAAAUAACUCCCUUCUCAAACAGGACCCAGAGACAAGAGUGUUGGCACUUGUACCAAUACAGCUAGCUGUGUCAGAGCAAAUACCAAAUAAACCUCUUGAGUCAAAAAUUGCUUAUGAUUGCUAUGAUCAUUUGCCUGUACUCCUUUCAAGUACAAUAGCAAAUUAUAACAGUGAGAUAAAUCUACAAAAUAAUUCCUUCCUUGGCCAGCUACAGAAUUAUGAGCCCACUAAGGUACAGACCAAACAUGAUAAAAUGAAAGACAAAUUUUUUAAUGUAUCAUUGUCUUCACCUAAUCAAAUUAUUCAGACCAGCUAUCUAGAAAACAAAGAAUGUAAUAGUGACAUAGGCAGUAGUUCACCUUUACCAGGACUCACAUCACAUUCAUCAGUGAAUCAAAAUGCAUCUUCUCCCUUCAGUGUAGAAAUUUUAUCCCAGCAGCAUGAGACAAAUGACACUUCAUUACAGAAAGCGGUGCAUCUUAUACAAGAAGAGUUUGCAUUUGAUGGCUAUCUGGAGUAUGGAGUUGAAGUUCUUGCUAUGGGUAACUAUAUUUUCACCUUAAAGGAUCUUAAGUUUGACGCUUUCUGUGAUGCAGUCUCUGAGAAGUUUUGUGACCUUUAUUGGGAUGAAAAAUUACUGGAGAAUCUUUACAAAGUACUAAGUGGGAAAACGACUCCACAAAUAGGCAUAACUGAAACAGAUGGAUCAAAACAUGGCAUUUUCCACAGUUUGAAGACAUCUGACGGUUUUUUGGUCAACAGCAAACAGACAAAGGGGAAAGAGAGACAGGUGGCCUCUGACACCAAAGCAGUGCCCACUACAGAUAUAUCAUGGGCUGAAAUGGACUCGGAUGAGCUUCCACGAGAUAAUUUUGAAAAAGAAUUGAGGCUGCAGAAGGUUAUAUUAAGAACAGAAAAGGGUGGAAGUUGUUUACAAAAUAAUGAUUGUCUCAGUCCUGACUUCACAGAAGAGAAUAGAGAACAAGAGGAGGAGACUUCUGAAAAUAAUUACCCUGUUUCCCCCAGCUCAUCUGACUUUCAAAGUUGCAGGCCUGGUUGGAGCAGUGCAUUCUACGGGGGAGAAUGCUUUAGUUCAGAAGUUUACAAUUAUAUGAAAAAACUUGGAAAGCGGGAAGUAAAUGAGUCACAGAAUAUAGAUUCGAAAAGAGUGGAACUUGAACAAAUACUAAUGAUUGAGACAAAAAAUUAUAGGAAAACUGUAAAAUUCUACCAGAAGCUUUUGCAGAAUGAGAGAAGAAACAAAGGUUCUGAUGUUAAAAGUAUGUUGCCCAAAUUGAGGGGACAGCUACAAGAAAUGAAAUCCAAGGUGCAAUUUCUUGAAUUGGUGAAAAAGUAUCUACAGAUCAUGUAUGCAGAGCAGUGGGGAGUGGAAUCAUGUGCACUUCCUACAGUAGUUAGCAUUACAAGAACUGAUGUGUUGGACAUCAGCCCUUUGGAUGAGUCGUCAUUGCUCAUUUUCUAUAAUAUGAUAAAGCACCGAUGUAAUAAUCAAAACAGGUCAAGGAUUCUACAAGCUGGGACACCACUUGGGUUAAUGGCAUAUCUAUUCUCCAGAAAUGCAUUUUUAGAAGGUUAUGUACAGCAGUUCCUCUACACAUUUCGUUAUUUCUGCACACAAGAAGAAUUGUUGAAGUUUCUUCUUGAUAGAAUCAGCAGCACUUUAUCCAGUGCAAAUGGGGAUCCCACCUCUCUGCUUAUCAAAAUAUACAAUCGGAGUUUCUACAUUCUGCAGGCUUGGAUUGAAGACUGUUAUAUUGUAGACUUUGCAAUAAAAACUGAUCUUUUGUGCAUGCUACAAGACUUUAUUUCUUCCAAGAUUGCUCCAUUAAAUGGCUAUGGUGAACGUUUGCUGGCAGUGCUUGAAAAUGCUACUGAUGGGAAACGUGGCAGUGCUUUCCAGUGCUAUAACUGGGAUGAGUGGAAGGAGGAAGAAGAGGAUGAUACAAAAUCUUUACAUUCAUUAUGCAAGAAGCUCUCUGAAGAUGUCAACCAAAAGAGCUUUAACUGGAAACUCGCCAAAGGAAAUGGCCCUAUUACACAUCAUCAGAAAGAAAGACCAUACACGGUUGGGUCAGCUUUACCGAAGCCAUGCUAUUACAGUUCUACAGAAGAAUUCUCUGGCUCUUAUGCUAAAGCAAAUGAAGGAGGAUCUCUCUUAACUGAAUAUAGUGCACAAGAGCUUUGCUGUGAACUGACACUGUUACAACAGGAAAUGUUUCAUAAAUGCCAUCCAGUACACUUCCUAAAUUCAAGAGCACUUGGUGUCAAAGAUAAGGGUACCACUGUACAAAAAGCUGUUCCCACUGAAUCACUGUCACUUAAAGUCUGUAACCUCUUUCUGCCAAAUUGCAUACAAGACAAGUACCUCUUACAGCUUUUAAGAAAUGCAGACAAUAUCAGCACCUGGGUUGCUGCUGAAAUUGUUACAAGUCAUACUUCCAAGUUGCAGGUGAAUUUACUAUCAAAAUUUCUCCUUAUAGCAAAAUUUUGCUAUGAACAAAGAAAUUUUGCUACUGCAAUGCAAAUUUUAAGAGGGCUAGAAAAUCUUGUAGUACGACAGCUACCAGCUUGGAAAAUUUUACCAUCAAAAGUGUCUGAAAUAAUGGAAGAACUCAAGGCUGUUGAGGUGUUUUUAAAAAGUGAUAGUUUGUGUUUGAUGGAAGGAGAGAGAUUCAAAACGCUCCCUACAAUUCCAUCAGUCCAUGUUCUGGCCAUGCACGUCCAGCAGCUUGAAACCGGAGGAUUUACUAUGACAAAUGGAGCUCAUAAGUGGACUAAACUUAGAAACAUUGCAAAAGUUGUGAGCCAAGUUCAUGCAUUUCAAGAAAAUCCCUAUACCUUUACUACAGAUUUCAAGCUCCAAUCUUACCUCAAACAAAGAAUAGCUCAUUUUAAUGAUGCAGACAUUUCUGCUUUAGCAGCUGACAACUGUGCCAACUUCCAUCAGAUACCAGCUGAAAAACAUUCCCGAAAAAUUCAGGACACAUUGCGCAGAAUGAAGGCAACAUUUCAAUAAAUGUUUACAUUUUAUCUGCUUGUUUAAUUCUAACUCCAGAGUAUAAAACUGUGGAUGAAAAUGGCUUCGACUCCUGUAUCAAUUCCCAAGCAAGCACUCGAGUGAAAGUAGUUUUAAAACAUUAGCUCUAUCUGAAAUGGAUAUAUUUCUCAUCACAGAAUCAUAAAAUGCUAGCUAAUGAAAAAUCUUAGACCUGAGCAACGGGAAAAAAGGAUGACUAGUCUCUAGUAUGAAAAUAAUCCUUCGAUGAUGUCAGAAGAGAAGUAAUGUGUAAAGAAGCUAAUGUUUCAACUUUCAGUGCUGUUUUGGCCUAAGAGAAUUCAGAUUAUAAUUGACAAAGUAUAGAUUAUAUUUUUUAUGUAAGCACUGUACAUGUAUAUCCUGUCACUGUGUAUUUGAAUUUAUGGAUAUAGAUCAUCUGCUAGCCUUACAUUUUGGAUGGGUUUUGCUUUUGUCUUAGUUUUAAAUUACAAAUGUCAACACUACACUCUUGAUUUUGAGUGAUGGAGAAUCUUCCCACUGGACAUCAAGACA